AUGGUAGAUAACAAGGAUGCCAACACAAAAGUGCAAUUCCAAAAGAGAGAAGCUAAAGUUGCCCGAUGUGAAUUAUGGGCUAAGUACUGUUUUCCUCAUGACUCUUGGUGGUCACCAGAAUUUCAAAACAAGCUUCAUUCUAAGCAUUUAAUGUUGUGCACUAAACAUUUUAAGAAAUCAUCAUUCAUUGAUAAUUUUGGAAAGAGGCUAGUCAAAUCUGCAGUACCUGAUGAGGAAUGUGAUAAGGUUAGUUAA